AUUUUAUUUCGAAAACAUUUCCUUUUUUCUUUUGUCAGAUAUCUAUUUUUUUCGCUGUGGCAUUUUUCUUAUUUUUUAUUUUUCCAUUUAAAUUCAGCGAUGAUGAAUUUCUAAAUUGACUUCGAAAACAUUUGACUUUAAUAUACCUGUCAGUCAAACUAGGACUGACAGUAACUACGGAUCUUAACCGUACAACCUCCAGGGGUUGAUAGCAAUGGUGAGAUUAGAACUUCAUUACCCAGCAUGCUGAGUUGUCUGUGUGUCUAAAACCCUCAAAGAGGAUUAAUGUGGAUCAGAGUGAGAGACGAGAUGCCGCUAAAAAGAGAAGAAUCAUUGUAGAAUUCCACCACCUUCUUCCCUCCUUACUUCUCUACCAGACCAUAUAACCACACUAUGAUACUGAACGAGCUCUGCAGGUCAUGGAGGUCUGUCAGACUGAAGCUGCUGAAGGAGUCAAAGGUCGAGCAGAAAAACUCCUCAAUGUCUUCCAGAGUGACCUGUUCCAGGCCCUGCUUGACAUCCAGGAGUUCUAUGAGCUGACAGUGUGUGAGACCCAAGAGAAGGAGAGCCGAGCACACACACCUGUACAGAAGUAUCGUUACCAGGAUGAUGAGACUCCGUCUGUCAACCCUAGCCCAGGCUCUAUGACCCACGGACACACCACGGACCUCAGCCACGCACACUUGGACGGAUACACACACGCAGGCGCACUCACUAUGAAUGGAUCAGAGGGAGAACUGGAGUACGAAGAGAUCACACUUGAGAGGGGUAAUUCUGGUCUGGGCUUCAGUAUUGCUGGAGGAACAGACAACCCACACAUCGGAGACGACCCAUCCAUCUUCAUCACCAAGAUCAUCCCCGGAGGAGCUGCAGCUCAGGAUGGACGCCUUAGGGUAAAUGACAGCAUCGUAUUUGUCAACGACGUGGAUGUGCGUGAGGUAACGCACUCCACCGCUGUGGAGGCCCUCAAGGACGCGGGCCCUGUUGUGAGGCUGUACGUGCUGCGGCGCCGCCCACCAAGUGAACGCAUCACGCAAAUCAAACUGAUGAAGGGACCAAAAGGUCUGGGCUUCAGUAUAGCAGGAGGUGUGGGAAACCAACACGUGCCUGGAGACAACAGCAUCUAUGUAACUAAGAUCAUUGAGGGCGGGGCAGCACACCGCGAUGGGCGGCUGCAGAUUGGGGACAAAAUCCUGGCGGUGAACCACAUGUCCCUGGAGGAUGUCCUGCAUGAGGAAGCUGUGUCGGCGUUGAAAAAUACUGGUGAAGUCGUCUACCUGAAGGUGGCCACACCAACCUCCCAGUACAUCCACCCAGGUGAUCGUUACAGCCCCCCGGACCUGACCAGCUCCUACAUGGAACCCGACUACAUGUGUGAUUACCCACAAGCCCUCCCUCCACCAUCCCCGCGACGAUACUCUCCCAUUUCCCGGGGCAUGAUGGGAGAGGACGACUAUUCCCGGGAGCCUCGUCGAAUCUGCGUGCAACGAGGGUCCACGGGCCUCGGCUUUAACAUUGUGGGAGGAGAAGACGGAGAGGGAAUCUUCAUCUCCUUCAUCCUGGCAGGAGGACCAGCAGACCUGAGUGGGGAACUUCGAAAGGGAGACCAGAUCCUUAGUGUUAACGGUGUGGACCUUAGAUACGCCACACAUGAGCAGGCGGCCGCAGCUCUGAAGAACGCCGGUCAGAACGUGACCAUCAUAGCCCAGUACAGACCUGAAGAGUACAGUCGCUUUGAGGCCAAGAUCCACGACUUGAGGGAACAGAUGAUGAACUCCACCUCGGGGAGUCUGAGAGGAACCCGCAGCUUCUACGUCAGGGCAUUGUUCGACUACGACAAGCAGUGGGACUGUGGUGGCCUUUCACAGGCCCUGGACUUUAACUUUGGUGACAUCCUCCACGUGACUGACAGUGCCGAUGACGAGUGGUGGCAGGCGCGGCGGGUUAGCCAGCAGGGGGAGCUGGAGGAGUCCGGCUAUGUCCCGUCCAAACACAGAGUGGAGAGGAAGGAGUGGUCAAGGAUGAAGAGUAAAGGUCGCGACGGUUUUGUCCACAGUUACGAGCUCAUCACUCAGAUUGAAGUGGAUUACGCUCGUCCUGUCAUCAUCCUGGGGCCGACCAAAGACCGGGUCAACGAUGACCUUCUGUCUGAGUUUCCUGACAAGUUUGGCUCCUGCGUCCCACACACAACUCGUCCUCGCAGGGACUAUGAGCUAGAUGGGCGAGACUACCACUUUGUGUCAUCUCGGGAACAGAUGGAGCGGGAUAUCCAAUCGCAUCGCUUCAUCGAGGCGGGGCAGUACAACAACCACCUGUAUGGGACGUCGGUGCAGAGCGUCCGGCAGGUGGCUGAGCAGGGGAAACACUGCAUCCUGGAUGUGUCAGCCAAUGCCAUCAGGAGGCUUCAAGCAGCGCAACUCCAGCCCAUUGCUAUCUUCAUCCGACCACGGUCCCUGGAGAACAUCUUGGACCUAAACAAGCGUCUGUCUGAGGAUCAGGCACGGAAAGCUCUAGACCGAGCCAUCAAACUGGAGCAGGAUUUCCUUGAGUGUUUCACUGCUAUCGUGCACGGUGACAGCUUCGAGGAGGUUUACCACCAGGUCAAAGGUGUCGUGGAGGAGCAGAGCGGACCCUACAUCUGGGUACCUGCUCGCGACAGACUCUGAUCGGCGACUGCUGAGCCACGGACGCCUUCUUCAGAUCCCGCCCUCUGACACCGCCGUCUCCUGCUCCUCCUUCUCGCCCCUCCUGGGGCGAGUCACAUGAGGGAGAGCCGGUGUCAGUUUUAACCCUUUUAACUCCUGUCUUCUUCCCCACAUGGGAUGAAGACGAGCAGGCCAAGUUUUUGGACGGCAGUGAAGUGGGCGUGUCAGUCCAUCUGUGGGACAGCUGAUUGAGCGAUUGCUCUUUUUUUUUUUUUUCUUCGUUUGUUGAUUGAUAAUUCUGUAUUAUCAGUAAAUAAUGAAUCAGACUGUAGGGUUCAGUUGGUAUUGAAAUAUUUAUAUUCACCUAAUUAUUUAUUUAUUUAUUUAUUUACCGACUGAUUGGUUGGCCGAGUCAUGUGACAUGAGGACAGUGAGUGUGUAUGUGUGUGUGUGUGCGGGUGUUGUGUACAUAACAGACUUGUGUGGUUGUAAAUAAACACAAUGGGGCUCAAACACACAGUCUAUUCAGGGCUUAUCAAACCCCUACAAUCCUCCUGUGGUCCUACAGGACACAAUCUCCCACAAUCCCUCUCUGUCUGGACUAAAACACCCACAACCCCCUUGUGCUGCAGUCCAAUAGAUUUUUUCAGUCAUAAGCUGUGGACUACGUUUCUCAUGAACAUAUCUAUGGACUCGUUUACGGAUGGACUACAUUACCCAUAAGUCCUUUUUCUUGACUAUGGCUCCCAGGAUUGUCUCCUAAAGGUCAGGACAAACGGGCCUGGGGUGGAGCACAAGUGUUGGGCUCAACUAACGUGUGGGAGUGCGGUUGAAAGUGGCCCUCGCGCCUGCAAGCUGGGGCUGAGGACUGAUCCAAGCUGCUCCAGAUGGUUCCUGAAGGUUCCGGGUUUUCAGACUGAAGAUCAGGGUCAUGUGAUAUACACACAUACACACGACUCACACAUACGCAGGAGGCUAUUGCUAUCAUGACUUGCUGUAAAUUGAAAUGAAUUAAUUAUAAAUGAAGAUUAUUGAAAUAAAUACGUUCAUUAUAAAA